UUUCACUCUCUCUCUCUCUCUCUCCCAAACCCUAAACCAACUCCUCCUCUUCCUAUAGGACACCGCCACACUGGAUUCACUCCUUAUUGUACGGUUCUAAACACACACAAACACAAUAUUAACAACAACAACAACAACAACAACCACGUCGUACUACAACAACAAAAACAGCUUCAGAGGUAGUAGAAACUCAAACUAGAGAGAGAGAAAGAGACAAAGGAAGCACUGAAACACAAAAAAGAGGUUUUCUGGGACUCUGGAAGUGGAAGCUGUGUACGUAUAUUCUGGGCAGCAUAGAUUGAUUCCUCAGAUUCUUAAACCUAAAAUUUCAGCCUUUUUUUUGUUUUUUUUUUUCCAAAAAAAACAAACAAACAUAUACUGUAAAUAAAAGAAGGGUCUGUAUUCCACUUGGACAUCCACCUCACUCUCUCCAAAACGCCAUCAAAGCAGGUGCUUCCAAGAUAUUGCUAAGGGUGCAAGUGAUCUGGUCGUAAACUGUGGAACUUAAAGGGGAUUUUAUGAAACAAUCUUUGAUGGGGACAGGGGAAGAGGGCACACCUCCUAAGCCUUCCAAACCAGCUUCUUCAACUCAGGAGAUACCGACAACACCUUAUGCUGAUUGGUCGAGCAUGCAGGCUUAUUAUGGUGCUGGAGCUACUGCACCUCCAUUUUUUGCCCCAACUGUUGCUUCUCCAACCCCCCACCCUUAUUUGUGGGGAAGCCAGCACCCUUUGAUGCCACCAUAUGGGACCCCAGUUCCAUACCCAGCUUUAUAUCCUGCAGGGGGUGUCUAUGCUCAUCCUAAUAUGACCACGACCCCAAACCCAGUGCAGACAAAUGCAGAGUUGGAAGGUAAGGGGCCUGAUGGAAAGGACCGGGCUUCAGCUAAAAAAUCCAAGGGAAUGUCUGGAAAUUCUGGCAAGGGUGGAGAGUCUGCAAAGGCAACUUCAGGUUCAGGAAAUGAUGGCGCUUCACAGAGUGCUGACAGCGGUACAGAUGGUUCUUCAGAUGCAAGCGAUGAGAACAAUAACCAACAGGAUUUUACAGCUAGCAAGAAGGGAAGCUUUGACCAGAUGCUUGCAGAUGGAGCUAAUGCACAUACUAACACUCCUGGGGCCAUUAUUCAAGCUUCUGUGCCUGGGAAUCCUGUAGUCUCAGUACCUGCAACUAAUCUGAAUAUUGGAAUGGACUUAUGGAAUGCAUCACCUGCUGGUGCUGGAGCUGCAAAAGUGAGAGCAAAUCCAUCUGGUGCCUCAUCAGCACAUGUUUCUCCAGCAAUGAUGGGUCGUGAAGGUGUAAUGCCUGAUCAGUGGGUACGGGAUGAACGUGAGCUGAAGAGACAGAAGAGAAAGCAAUCUAAUAGGGAGUCUGCUAGGAGAUCAAGAUUACGCAAACAGGCAGAGUGUGAAGAACUACAAGCAAGAGUGGAAACUUUGAACAACGAGAAUCUCAAUCUCAAGGAUGAGGUCCAGAGGCUUUCCGAGGAAUGUGAAAAGCUUACAUCCGAAAAUAGUUCCAUUAAGGAAGAGUUGACACGAAUAUGCGGACCAGAAGUAGUUGCUAACGUGGAACAGAACGUUGCCACAUCAGUUAUUCAAUCUCAUGGUGACGGCAACAAUUUAAAUUGAAACACUCCUACGAUACGACAGAUAACAUUGCAGUCAGAACAGAAAUUAAUUCAACUCCAGGAAGUAAUGGCAUUGGCCCUAAUGGAUCAUGAAACAUUUAUUUUCCUUACUAAUUUUAUAGCCUUAACCCUUUGUAACUGUUAACUUUUAUGAUAUCUUUACUGAGUUGGGACAUUCCUGAGUCCAUCUGUAUUGUUGUAUUGAUCAAUUGAAGAAAAAAAAAAUCAUAUAGGAGAAUACUUCAGCAACCGUUUAUGUAUUGAAUGGAAUCGCAAUGGAUAUUAGGCUUUCAGUUUAA